AAAAAGAAAGAAACACUGUGCCUUGAUCAGAUAUUCAAUCCCUCUCUCUCAUUUGUUUCAAUCAACAUCUCUAUCUAAAAAAAAUCCAAAACCCUAAGAUUCAUAAAAAAAUCAUCUCUAAAUCUCUGGUAUUUUCUUUCAAUCCGUUAAUCAUUUAAAUCAAUGGCUGAAGAAGCAGCAGUAGCAUCGACGCCGCCUCAAUCAUCUGCGGCGCCGUUGGGAUCUUCCGUUAUACCGUUAGUGAACAAGCUACAAGACAUAUUCGCUAAACUUGGUAGCCAGUCCACUAUAGAGUUGCCGCAGGUGGCGGUGGUUGGAAGCCAGAGCAGUGGCAAGUCCAGUGUGCUAGAGUCGCUAGUUGGCCGUGAUUUCUUGCCUCGUGGUUCCGAUAUAUGCACGCGUCGCCCUCUUGUCCUUCAGCUUCUCCAGACCAAGCGUAAACCUGAUGGUUCUGAGGAAGAAUAUGGCGAGUUUCUUCACUUGCCUGGCAAGCGCUUCUAUGACUUCUCUGAGAUUCGCAGGGAGAUUCAGGCUGAGACGGAUAGGGAGGCUGGAGGAAACAAAGGUGUUUCUGACAAGCAGAUUCGACUUAAGAUUUUCUCGCCAAAUGUUCUUGAUAUCACUCUCGUGGAUUUGCCUGGAAUCACAAAGGUUCCCGUGGGUGACCAGCCCUCUGACAUUGAAGCUCGAAUAAGAACAAUGAUUAUGUCAUACAUUAAACAGCCAAGCUGUCUGAUUAUAGCUGUUACUCCUGCAAAUUCUGACUUAGCAAAUUCUGAUGCGCUUCAAAUUGCUGGAAAUGCUGAUCCUGAUGGUUAUAGAACCAUUGGUGUAAUCACAAAGUUGGAUAUAAUGGACAGAGGUACUGAUGCUCGUAAUCUGCUGCUUGGGAAAGUGAUUCCCCUUCGACUUGGUUACAUAGGUGUUGUGAAUCGUAGUCAAGAGGAUAUUUUACUCAACCGGAGUAUCAAGGAUGCCCUUGUGGCAGAGGAACAGUUCUUCCGUAGUCGUCCAGUAUAUAAUGGUUUAGCUGAUCGUUGUGGUGUACCUCAGUUGGCGAAGAAGCUGAACCAGAUUUUAGUACAACAUAUCAAGGCAAUACUUCCUGGGCUGAAAUCACGCAUUAGUUCUGCAUUGGUUUCUGUGGCGAAGGAGCAUGCAAGCUAUGGAGAAAUCACUGAAUCAAAGGCUGGUCAGGGAGCUCUUCUACUGAAUAUUCUUUCGAAAUACUGUGAGGCAUUCUCAUCAAUGGUUGAGGGGAAAAAUGAAGAAAUGUCUACGUCUGAGCUGUCUGGUGGAGCAAGGAUUCAUUACAUUUUCCAAUCAAUCUUUGUUAAGAGCUUAGAGGAGGUUGAUCCAUGUGAAGGCUUGACUGACGAUGACAUUCGAACUGCUAUUCAGAAUGCAACUGGUCCUAGAUCUGCACUAUUUGUACCUGAAGUCCCGUUUGAAGUGCUUGUUAGAAGGCAAAUAGCACGUUUGCUAGAUCCAAGUCUUCAAUGUGCCAGGUUCAUAUAUGAUGAGUUAAUAAAGAUUAGCCAUCGCUGUAUGAUGAAUGAACUGCAGCGAUUUCCUGUUCUGAGGAAACAUAUGGACCAAGUUGUUGGAAAUUUUCUCCAAGAAGGUCUCGAACCAUCUGAGACAAUGAUAGGACAUAUGAUUGAAAUGGAGAUGGAUUACAUAAAUACUUCCCACCCAAAUUUUAUUGGUGGGAGCAAGGCUGUAGAGCUUGCCAAUCAGCAGAUAAGGAAUUCAAGGGUUCAUUUGCCUGUAUCUAAAGCAAAGGAUGGUUUGGAGCCUGAUAAGGCACCUCCUUCUGAAAAAAGCACUAAAUCUUGGACUAUUAUUGCAAGACAAGUUAAUGGAAUCGCGGCUGAGCAGGUAGUCCGUCCUGCUGCAGAUGUUGAGAAAGUUCCAUCCACAGGAAGCACAAGUGGGUUAACUUGGGGUAUCUCAUCAAUAUUUGGUAGCAGUGAUAACCGCUCAUCUGUGAAAGAGAGCUUGACAAACAAACCGUAUACCGAACCCGCUCAAAACAUGGAACAUGCGUUCUCCAUGAUCCAUUUGAAAGAGCCCCCAUCUCUCUUGAGGCCUUCAGAAUGUUCAGAAACUGAAGCUAUUGAAAUUGCUAUCACCAAAUUGCUCUUAAGAUCAUACUAUGAUAUUGUCAGGAAGAAUAUAGAGGACUCUGUGCCUAAAGCAAUUAUGCACUUCUUGGUCAACCAUUCAAAACGUGAACUUCACAAUGUCUUUAUCAGAAAGCUUUACAGAGAAAACCUGUUUGAAGAAAUGUUACAGGAACCUGAUGAGAUCGCUUCUAAGAGAAAACGUACUCGAGAAACACUCCGAGUUCUCCAACAGGCAUUCAGGACAUUGGACGAAUUGCCAUUGGAAGCUGAAACAGUAGAGAGGGGAUACAGUUUGGGUUCUGAUCUAACAGGCCUGCCAAAGAUCCACGGGCUGCCGACAUCAUCAAUGUAUUCUACAAGUAGUGGUUCAAAUGACUCCUAUGCAGCUUCUCCUAAACACACAAAAUCUCGCAAAUCAUCCCACUCAGGGGAACUACAGUCACACGUGUAUGCUAGUUCAGGUUCAAAUGGAAAUGGACGCAGUUACAUGCCGGGCCUCUAUCCUGCAGUUGAUCUGUAAGCUGUUUGAAUGUGCAAUUGUGCAUGUCGAUCCCGUUUCUUUUAUCACAUAUAAAUGCAUUAUAUUCAUUUUCUCCCAUAUUUCUUUGGAAUUCUUCCAACAAAAGCCGGUGUAUUGGAAAUUGAUGUUAAAAUUUCAAAGCUAGAUGCCUGUAAGUCGGGCAAUUAUGCGUUUGCUUUUUGCUCAACAUGUUUUCCUAUUGUUCUACUACCAUAAUAUAGGGUUCUAACUGAAUUUGUUUAUUGCUUCCGAAAGAAUAAUGGACCUGAGAAACUCGCUUUUUUUUCUCUUUCUCAGGAAGUAUAGUUUUUACGUUAUAUAUAACUAUUCUUUUUGCAGUC